AUGACUUCUUGGAUAUCUUUGUUAGCUGUUCUGGCUGCUUGUGCGCCGCAGGUCCAGGCGUCGUGUGCGUAUGGAACGCAUCUUCAUCGAAGAGCUGAUGUUAUUCAUGCUCCCAAGUUUGGAUACUCUGCUGCCAAUGGCCCAGCAAACUGGUACAACUUAGACCCCAAGGCCAACGAACUAUGCGCCACCGGUCACCACCAAUCCCCCAUCAACCUCGCCGACGGUUCAUUCAACAUCAUCCCCGCUUCAGACCUAAACAUCGAGAUUCCCAACUUCACCAAGGGCGCUGAGUUCGAGAACUUGGGAAGUACCGUCGAGGUAGUCACCGAAGGACUCGGCGGUAAAAUCACCAUCGAAAACACGACAUACCACCUGAAGCAGUUCCACUUCCAUCUCCCUAGUGAGCACAUCGACAACGGCACAAGUCUAGCCAUGGAGAUGCACAUGGUUCACGCCAGCGCAGACAACAAACUCGCCGUCAUCGGUGUCUUCAUCGACCUCGACGAUGGAGCGGCCGAUUCGUAUAAAUUCAGGGAGACGCGCAAGGGCAAGACAGACACCCCUGCUACGAAAUCCACUGUUGUUACGACCGUUCUCAACUCGGUGGAUAAGAUUGCGACCCUGGGACAAACCACUCACAUCAAGUCUCUCAAAAUGUCUGAGAUUGUAUCGGUCCUCAACAAGGGCGAUUUCCGAUCAUACUCGGGCUCGCUUACUACACCGCCCUGUAGUGAGGAUGUCAAGUGGUUCGUCUCCACUAGGAAGGUUUCUAUUCCUACGCGAACUUAUUUGAAGGCCCGAUCUGUCAUCGGCUACAACGCUCGCUUCCCUCAAAAUGUGCCAGGGGAGGAGAAUAUCUUGAGCUUGGUCGCUGAUGAGAUUGAGCACCACGAUGACUAA